CUCCCUGUAAAAACCUUCCAUCUGUCCUUUCUCAUCCUUCAUCUCGUCGAAGAAUUGUUGAGAUGAGAGGCAUGACAGCGGCAACGGCGUUUAAACUCAGCCCUCAUCGUCUCCUCGUCCUCUCCUCUUUGCUCUUGGCUCUGGGCUCCUUCUUGGACCUGAGAUGCAGAGCGCAGACACAGAGACUGGUUGAUUCUGAAGUUGAAGUUCUACGAACCAUUGGUUCAAAGUUGAACAAGAACUGGAACUUCAGUGUGGACCCUUGCAGUAAGGCUCCAGGAUGGGUAGACCCGGAGAACAAAACGGCAAACUAUGCCAACAAUGUCACUUGUGGCAUGUGCAACACCACAACCAAUGAUUGUCAUGUCACUUCCAUCCUGCUGAAGGCGCAGAAUUUGAAUGGAGAGCUGCCGGCUGAGUUUGCCAACCUUACUUUCUUAGAUACACUAGAUCUUGCAAGGAACUAUCUGAAUGGAACUAUCCCAGUUAAAUGGGGAACUCUUCGUCUCACUGAUCUGACUCUUUUGGGAAAUCGGAUAUCUGGGAGAAUCCCCGAAGAGAUUGGAAAUAUCACGUCACUCACAUCGCUGGUAUUAGAAGCAAACUUACUAGAAGGUUCAAUUCCUGAAGGCCUUGACAACCUCAGCAAUUUGACUCGCUUAUUUCUUUCAUCAAAUAAUCUGACAGGGGAAUUGCCAGAAUCACUUGGAAAUCUCCGCAACUUAAAAGACUUUAGAAUAGAUGGCAACCCAAUUUCUGGCAGAAUACCAAGUUUCAUUGGUAACUGGACAAAUCUUCAACGCUUUGACAUGCAAGGGACGUCUAUGGAAGGUCCUUUUCCUCGCAGCUUCUCCAGUCUGGUAUCAAUAACUGAGCUGAGGGUGACUGACUGGAAAGGGGGAGAUGGACAGUUUCCUCAACUGCAGAAUAUGACUAACAUGACCAAAUUGGUUCUUAGGAACCUGUCAAUAUCCGGUGAAAUUCCUUAUUAUAUUGGAACGAUGAAAAGUCUAAAUACUUUAGAUUUAAGCUUUAACAACUUGACCGGGCAAAUCCCAAGUAGCUUUGGUGAACUAAACUUAAACUAUAUGUACCUGACCAAUAACAAACUCAGUGGAAGCAUUCCACAAUGGGUUUUGACAAGCACUCAGAAUUUGGAUGUUUCUUAUAAUUCUUUUAAUGUAUCUCCACCAAGAUCCUGCCAGCCACGAGAUGGAGUGAACUUGGUUUCAAGUUUUUCUACAAAUGAAAACUCGAUAGCCUCAUGCUUAAGGAAGAAUCUCCCUUGUUCAGGGAAAUCAAAAAAUUGUGAACUGUUCAUCAACUGUGGUGGUAAAAAAGUGACUAUCAACGGGCAUGAAUACCAAGAUGAUUCAUCUGGCAAUUUUGAUCACUCUACUUUUCGUGAGAGCAACAAUGGAGCAUGGGCAUACAGCAAUACUGGAGACUUUAUAGGAGAAGAUAAAACAUCUUUUAUUGCAGAGAAUUCUUCAAUCCUAAAUAUGAGUAAUCCAGAAUUAUACACGACAGCUCGGCUUAGUCCUCUUUCCAUGAAAUACUAUGGUCUAUGCCUACAGAAAGGAAAUUACACAGUGAGUCUCCAUUUUGCUGAGAUUAUGCUCACUGAUGACCAAACAUAUGCUAGUACCGGAAGACGUUUGUUUGAUGUGUCAAUCCAGGGUCAAAAAGUUCUGCAGGAUUUCAACAUAGCAAAAGAAGCUAAUGGAACUGGCAAGGUGCAUAUCAGAAACUUCACUACUUUGGUUAAUGACACACUCGAGAUUCACUUUCAGUGGGGUGGCAAGGGAACAAACUCCAUCCCUGUGAGGAAUGUAUAUGGACCUCUUAUCUCAGCCAUUUCUAUCACUCCGAAUUUUGAGGCUGAUUGCAAGGAUAAAAGCAAGCUAUCUGUUGGGGUCAUUGUGGGCAUUGUUAUAGCAUCUUGUUUGGCACUUAUUCUUGCCUUAAACAUCAUUUGGUUUUACUUCAUCAGGAAAGAUCCUCGAGACAAUGAACUCAAAGGCCUCGAGCUGCAAACUGGCUACUUCACUUUGAAACAGAUAAAAGCUGCUACUAGGAAUUUUGAUCCUGAAAAUAAGAUAGGUGAAGGCGGGUUUGGUCCCGUGUACAAGGGUGUACUGCCAGAGGGUUCCAUAAUAGCUGUCAAGCAACUUUCUUCCAAAUCUAGGCAAGGGAAUCGUGAAUUUGUCAAUGAAAUAGGAAUGAUAUCAGCUUUACAACAUCCAAAUCUAGUGAAGCUCUAUGGUUGUUGUAUAGAAGGAAAUCAAUUGUUGCUUAUCUACGAAUACAUGGAGAAUAAUUCUCUCGCUCGGGCUUUAUUUGGUCCGCUGAAAUAUCGCCUCAAUCUGGAAUGGCAAACAAGACGCAAUAUUUGCAUAGGGAUAGCGAGAGGAUUGUCAUAUCUUCACGAGGAGUCAAGGCUAAAGAUUGUUCAUCGAGACAUCAAGGCGACAAACAUUCUGCUAGGUAAAGAUCUCAAUGCAAAAAUUUCGGACUUUGGUUUGGCCAGACUUGAUGAAGAAGAAAACACUCAUAUCAGCACAAGAAUAGCAGGAACAAUAGGUUACAUGGCUCCAGAGUAUGCAAUGAGAGGUUACUUGACAGACAAAGCAGAUGUGUACAGUUUUGGGGUGGUGACAUUAGAAAUUGUCAGUGGAAUUAGCAACACUAAUUAUAGGCCCAAGGAAGAAUUUGUCUAUCUUCUUGAUUGGGCAUAUGUUUUGCAAGAGCAGGGAAAUUUGCUUGAAUUAGUUGACCAAAGCCUUGGCUCCAACUACUCAAAGGAGGAAGCACUGCAAAUGCUGGAACUGUCUCUUGUUUGCACCAACCCCUCCCCAACGCUCAGGCCUGCAAUGUCAUCUGUGAUAAGCAUGCUCGAAGGCAAGAUGCCAGUGAAGGUCAUGCUGACAAAUCGAGCAGCUUCAACAGUUGAAAACGUGAGGUUCAAAGCUUUGGAGAUGGUCUCCCAUGACAGCCAAUCACAGAGCUCUGUCGAUGGCCCAUCAAUUGAUUCCUCUAUCUCAGCAUCAAGUGGCAAGAACUCACAGGCAAAAACAAGCCACCCUCUGCUUAACGACACAGAUUAGGGCAAAGAAAUGAUGUUCUCAUUAGGAUCACGUUCAAACAGUCAUGUGAAUGCAAUCGUUUAAGUAAAUUCAGCCCUAGAAACUGCUACUAUAAAACUCAGUAAAGUCUGUAGACUGUUUAGCAAACCUACUUAAGUUUUUUAUAGUAUCGUUUCAUUUGCAGUAUUAAUACAAAAGUGUUUGAUUUUGUUGAUGUCUGAACUGGCCAUGAACAAGUCUUCACCACAAAAUUUUACUCUUGCUUCACUUGGUUAUGUGUGAAGUUUAGCUGCUUCAACUGGCAGCAUUGAACUAAUUGCAGUUUUAUAUUCUUCAAAUUUAACUCCUUGCUCCUAGAAAUGUGGUCUUAGUCUGAGUUUGUAAGG